AUGGUGUCGGAGGAAGAGAUCCGAGCCAGGCUGGAGCGGGCCGGCCAGUCCCAUCUCCUGCGCUUCUGGGCUGAGUUGGAGCCGGCCGGGAGGGCUUCCUUGCUCACAGAUCUGGCCCUGCUGGACCCCGAUGAGCUGAGGGAACACUGCCAGCGGGCGGCCAAGGCCUGCGCCCAGGUGGAGGGUCCCGUGGAGGGCUUGGACUCCAGAAUGAAACCAGUGCAGCCCGAGUUCCUGGGCAGCGUGCGCAAGAGCGACCCGCAGACUCUGAAACGUUGGGAGGAGGAAGGUUUUCACCAGAUUGCUCAGAACAAGGUGGCUGUCCUUCUACUUGCUGGGGGUCAAGGCACUCGCCUGGGAGUGACCUAUCCCAAAGGCAUGUACCGGGUGGGCCUACCUAGUGGGAAGACCCUCUAUGAACUCCAGGCUGAGCGCAUCCGCCGAGUGGAGCAGCUGGCUGGCCAAAGACACAACACAUCUUGCACUGUCCCCUGGUACAUCAUGACCAGUGAAUUUACUCUGAAGCCAACAGUUGAAUUUUUUAAGGAAAACAAUUUCUUCCAGCUGGACCCAGCCAAUGUGGUCAUGUUUGAGCAGAGGAUGUUGCCAGCUGUGAAUUUCAAUGGCCAGGCCAUUCUGGAGAGGAAGGACAAGGUUGCAAUGGCCCCAGAUGGCAAUGGUGGUUUGUACCGAGCCCUGGUGGACAAUGGGAUUUUGGGGGACAUGGAGCGCCGUGGAGUACAGUACGUCCACGUGUACUGUGUGGAUAACAUCCUCGUUAAAAUGGCGGACCCUGUCUUCAUUGGCUUCUGUGUGCUGAAGGGUGCAGAUUGUGGGGCCAAGGGAUAUGAUGUGAUCAGACCUAUGCUUUAUGAAGAUGAUUUUACGGUAGGAACUGAAAACUCUGUCCUUUGUGAGAUUUCUCCACUAGUGUCCUAUUUUGGAGAGGGUCUGGAGGGAUACCUGAAGGAUGAGGACAUCCACUCACCUUUCCUACUUGAUGAAAAGAAGGCAAAGCUUCUGGAAAAGGCUUGACUCAUUUCAAGACCAAAUCAAAUCUGUCUUUGA